AUGGUGACAUCUAAAGCCACUCAUUUCUCUGUCCAACGACAAGUCGUCGUUGCUGCUGCUAAAGUUGUUAAAGACCCGCUUCCUCCCCAUCAAACAAAAGACGAUUCAGUCUUGGUAGCAUCUCCAUCCAAUCCUUCGCGACAAGAUCUUGUUAAACCGAGAGCUACUAAUUUGCUGAAUAAUGAGAUUCCAAGAUCAUUGGAAAAACCUCAGAAAAUUCAAAGUUAUGAUGAAACUGGGGACCUAGAUGAACACAUCGAGCAUAUGGACAACCAAUUAGAUUAUUAUCAUGCUCAUAGGGCCAUAAAGUGCAAGCUCUUUGCACUAACCUUGCCUAGAUCUGCUAUGUUUUGGUUGAAAACCCUCUCGGAUGGGAGCAUGGAUUCAUGUCAAGAUCUUUGUGAGGCCUUAACCACCAAUUUUACCCCAAAAGAGGCAACUCAUAACAAUGGUUAUGCUUAG